GUAACUAAGGAGAUCACGGUUAUGUUUACUUCAAAGAUGUCCUCCAUGCUAGCGCUAGUUACCUGGAACUGGUCAGAAAAAUGACCCAGCUCUAAACGUUUCAGCACUUGUAAUCUUUCUGUGGGCUUCCGUUAGGCUUCUGGAAAUGCAGCUGAAGCAUCUUAAGACGCUCUUAACACCCCAGGAGGGUGCUGCCAAAGUAACAUGCAUGGCCUGGUCACCGAACAACACGAAGUUUGCUGUUUGCACUGUGGACAGAGUGGUUCUGCUUUACGACGAGCAGGGAGAAAGGAGGGACAAGUUCUCCACCAAACCUCUGGAUGCUAAGUAUGGAAAACAGAGCUAUGUGGUCAAUGACAUGGUCUUCUCACCAGACUCCACCAAAAUCGCCAUCGGCCAGUCGGACAACAUAAUCUAUGUCUACAGAAUUGGAGAGGAUUGGGGAGAUAAGAAAGCCAUUUGCAACAAAUUUGUUCAGACGAGCGCUGUGACUCGCCUACUUUGGCCUGCAGAAAAUGCGAUUGUUUACGGAUUGGUUGAUGGCAAGGUUCGCCUCGCCAACACCCAGACAAAUAAAUCUUCCACCAUCUACGCCACAGAGUCCUGUGUCGUCUCGUUGACGUGCAAGUAA